GAGGGCGUUCUUGAUAAUGCCUAUACAUCCCUUGCUUCUGUUGCUUCUUGGGUCGUCGCAUCGGUGAUUUCGCUUGAUCGUCAGUGUUAAAGCUCGCGCCUUUGAGAUUGGUUUCGGUCGGCUUGGCAUUGGGUUUUGUUCUUUUUUGUUUUCGUCGUAGUUUGGCAUGAAUGGAUGUUCAGAUGUACAGAAUAAAGUUCGAUUUAACAUGCAGCGCGCAUAAGAAAACUGAGAAAGAUCAGUUGCCUAUGAUUCCUCCGUGCUUAAUACCUGUUUUUCCCUGCACUGUCAGUCUUCCCUUAUUGCUCGUCACCUGUUCGGUGAAAUUCCUCGACGAGGUGGUGAUUCGCUUUAGAUAAUUAAUUCCUAUGUUUACCGUACACAACAAACAAUGGGAGAAAUAAAGGAUGGAGCUAUUUCUGGAUGUUUGCCAAGCGCUAAGACAUUUGUGGUCCACUAUCCGGGCUAUCCGUCCUCUGCCUCGCGGGCUAUCGAAACUCUUGGUGGAAGUGAAGGGAUUUUGAAGGCUCGCAGCUCCGAUUCAAACCAAAUGGAACUUCGUUUCCGGCCUGAAGACCCAUUUUGCCAUCCUACUUUUGGGGAGCUUCGUCGAUGCAAUAAUCUCCUGUUGAGAAUAUCAAAGAGGGGCCAGAUAUGUACUAAUCCUUCAAUUACCCAAGAUCACGGUGCUGUCAGCGAAACUGGAAUGAGUCCGCAAGGAGAUCAAUGCGCUAGUUCUUCUGGUGCCAAUAAAGAAGAGGAUCAAACGCAGCUGUGUGCUGAUAUUGCUGCUCGUGUCUCUGAGGCAUACGUUUUUCAAGGGAUGGCUGACUAUCAGCAUGUUGUUGCUGUUCAUGCUGAUAUUGCUCGGAGGAAGAAGAAAAAAUCAGGAGAAGUUGAGGAGCCUCCCUUUGCAAAGGAUGGUCUUACAAGUAUUGAAAGUGAGGAUGUAAUGAUGAUAGUACCCCCACUCUUCUCAUCCAAGGAUGUCCCGACAACUUUAGCGUUAAGUCGUCCCCCAACCACUUCAAAUUUAAAAAGGAAACAGGAUACAGCCGCUGAGCAUGUUGAGGUUUUUGUGGAGAACAGUCUGGCACUUGAUUUCAAGAUCAAAGAGAUCCCAAAGAUAAUAGAUUGGGAGGAGCGACUAAUACAAGGAUCAGAUGAGUGGGAGAGUCAAUUGGCUGUGUCUAAAUUGUUCGAGGAGCGGCCCGUAUGGUCCAAGAAUUCUCUUUAUGACAGAUUGCUAGGUAGAGGUUUGAACUUUGGAGUUCUUUUGCUCAAAAGAUCUUGCAGCCUUCUCACAAAUGUGGCAUACUAUUUCAAUAAUGGGCCAUUUCUGAAGUUCUGGAUAAGGAAAGGAUAUGAUCCUCGUGAAGAUCCUGAUUCUCGCAUAUAUCAAGGAAUCGGUUUUCGAGUGCCACAACCAUUGCAAAGUAAUUAUGAUUUAACAGCAAAUGAUGAGUUGGAGCCUAGGUGGGAGGAUAUAUGCGCUUUUCGUGUUUUCCCUCGCAAGAACCAUGUAUCGUUGCAACUGUGUGAACUUGUUGAUGAAUACAUUCAACAAGAGAUAAGGAAUUCCCCAGGGAAGAGUACUUGCACGUUUAAAACAGGGUGGUUCUCGGAACCUGUACUUGAUAGCUUGAGACAACGUAUUAUGAUGAGAGUCUUGUCUGUGUACCCAAAACCCGGUGCAGAGAGUUUUUCGAAACUAGCUUCAGAACGCUUUGAGAAGUCCAAAAAGAUGCGGUUUCUUGACAACACCGUGAAGAUGGAUAAAAAGAAAGACCAACAAGACAAAGGUGAAGAAAAUCCAAUAUUAGAUACUGAUAAUGAUGAAGAGGAAGAAGAGAUUGAUGAUGCUGGAGAAGAGGAAGUUGAUGCAUAUGCCGUGGCUGAGGAGGGUGACAUAUCUCUACAGUCAUUUCCUUAUGCACCUAUGGAAAACAUCUCUAGAACGUACUUGCAGGAGCUCUUUGGCAGUUUUCCAUCCACGGAGCAUGGUUUUGAUGCGCAAAAUGCCGAUGGGAGCGAUGGAGAGUUUCAGAUAUAUGAGCAAGAAAGUGAGGAGAAUUACUCCGAUGAUUAUGAAGAUGAAGAUUAAGGUCUACAAAUUUUUUAUGUAGAGUUUAAUCCGUAUAGUACUUCUUCUUUUCCCAACCAUGUUCUUAUGUUACUGUGAUCAUAAUUUAUUGACCAUUUAGCAGCUAUCAUCACUAGGAAGCUGGCCGUGUAACGUAAAUGAGUGAGGUUACCAAAAACGUCUUGUACAUGUGAUUUUAGUCACAUUUUUGUGGUCAUGUAAUGAAAAGUUAUUGCCUUUCUUUUCCA